AUGAAAGAGAUGCUAGUUUUCUGGAAGAAAAACGAAAAAGAAGAACGAGAAUUGCGUAAAAAGGCUGAGAAAGAAGCCCUCGAACGAUUGCGACAAGAAGAAGAACGAAGAGAAGCACAACGCCAAGCACGAAAGCUUAACUUCUUGAUUACACAAACUGAGCUCUACAGUCAUUUCAUUGGUAGAAAGAUCAAGCAGGAUAUGGGUGAUGAUGAAGAUGCUGCUAUGAUGCCAGGUGGAAAUAUGUCAAUGGACUUGGAGGGCGAUGGAGAUUUGGAUAUAGGAGGAGAUGAUCAAGAGCAACUAGGAGAGAUUGACUUCGAUGAGGAUGACGACGAAAAACUUCGAGAGCAGGCUAGACGAGGUGCACAAAAUGCGUUGGCUAAACAGCGAGAGGCUACCCGAGCAUUUGAUGAAAGCGCUCUUGAGCGACUGGACUCUAUGAACUUCCAAGAUCCCACCAGUAUGGGAUCAGGUCCCGAGGUCAAGCAGCCUUCUAUGCUAAUGUGCCAGCUUAAAACAUACCAACUCAAAGGCCUUAAUUGGCUCGCGAAUCUCUACGAACAGGGUAUUAAUGGUAUAUUAGCAGAUGAGAUGGGUCUGGGAAAGACAGUGCAAUCCAUCUCUUUGAUGGCCUAUUUAGCAGAAGUACACAAUAUCUGGGGUCCUUUCUUAGUCAUUGCCCCAGCUUCCACUCUUCACAAUUGGCAACAAGAAAUCUCGCGGUUUGUACCUUCGUUCAGAGCUCUUCCAUACUGGGGUAAUCCCAAGGACCGAAAGGUGUUGCGUCAGUUUUGGAACAGAAAACAGCUCUAUGGAAGAGAUGCCCCAUUCCACGUAGUAAUUACAAGUUACCAACUUGUUCUUACUGACGUUAGUUACUUCCAACGAGUAAAGUGGCAAUAUAUGGUACUUGAUGAAGCCCAGGCUAUCAAAAGUUCGUCUAGUGCACGUUGGAAGCAACUAUUAGGUUUCCAUUGUAGGAAUCGGCUGCUUUUAACUGGUACACCCAUUCAAAAUAGCAUGCAAGAAUUAUGGGCACUUCUUCACUUUAUUAUGCCUACUCUCUUUGACUCUCACGAAGAAUUUUCUGAAUGGUUCUCAAAAGACAUCGAGAGUCACGCAGAGAACAAAGGAACACUAAAUGAACAUCAACUCAGGCGUCUUCACAUGAUAUUGAAACCAUUCAUGUUGCGUCGUAUCAAGCGUAACGUACAACAUGAACUGGGCGAAAAGAUCGAAGUAGAAGUAUACUGUGAUCUUACGGCCAGACAAAGGGCACUAUACAGAGGAUUAAAAGAAAAGAUAUCUAUUUCGGAACUCCUCGAAAAAGCUACCUCACUAAACGAUAUGGAAAGCAUGGAUAGUUUGAUGAACCUGGUGAUGCAGUUCCGAAAGGUUUGCAACCACCCAGAAUUAUUCGAGCGUGCAGACGUCAAGUCCCCUUUUGCAUUUUGUAACUUUAGUUCAACCUCUUCACUCACCAAAGAGCAGCUUCUCUAUUGCCCCUAUUCAUCAAGAGGCGUCAUUAAAUACCAUAUUCCUAAAAAAUUAUACCGAAAUGGUGGUAUAUUGAAAGAGCCUGGUCCCAGUACCAAGAUUGGAUUCACAACACAUUACUUGGAUAAUUUGCUGAAUAUUUGGCAACCCAAUGCUAUCCACGAGUCCAUGAUGUCCAACUCUGCAUUUUCUUUCCUCCGCUUUGUGGAUACCACCCCACACGAGGCAAGCUAUCUAUUUAAACAGUCCUUGGUUGCUCGUUGGAUUGAUCAUUUGGCAAAAAGAGAUCAACGUGCUCGAAGACAAUUUUAUAAUACAAAUGAAGAAAGCUUCCUUAUAUCAGAAACACAAUCUCCCACAACCUCCUUCAAUAUAAUCCCUGGUGGAGCCUUAGAUGAAUUGACGCAUGUCACUGAUAGUAUGUUGUAUCUGACCAGACCAUUUGGUCAGUGCUACAUGCCUAGUGCACGUGCUGUCCCGGUUGAUGCUAUUUGUUCUGAUAUUUCGUUUGAGCGAGAACAAAGAGAUGUACUGUUUAAUCCUACCUUACGUGCCGCUUUCUUCGGAACGCCACAAUAUAUUCCUGGUCAUAAUAGAGAACAAGCAAUGGAACUGCGUGAUGUAGUAAGAAGAACAGAGGGUCAGGGUAUAAUGACUGUCCCAUCUUCUGGACAUGGUUUCUCCUUGAUGAAAGUCCCAGCCAUGCGAGAUUUAGUAUUAGACUCUGGAAAAUUAGCUACACUUGAUAGACUCUUGGAGAGGCUCAAAUCUGAGGGACAUCGUUGUCUUAUUUACUUCCAAAUGACUCGUAUGAUUGAUCUUAUGGAGGAGUAUAUCUCAUACAAACAAUACAAGUAUUUGCGAUUGGACGGUUCUUCGAAGAUUUCCGACCGUCGUGACAUGGUUUCUGACUGGCAAACAAGACCCGAGAUCUUCAUCUUCCUGCUUAGUACACGCGCAGGCGGUCUUGGUAUCAAUUUGACCGCUGCGGAUACUGUUAUAUUUUAUGACAGUGACUGGAAUCCAACAGUAGAUCAACAGGCAAGUGCUAUGGACAGAGCACAUCGUCUUGGGCAAACCAAACAAGUUACUGUGUAUCGAUUGAUCACAAAGAACACAAUUGAGGAGCGUAUUCUACAAAGGGCCAAGCAGAAAGACGAGGUA